AUCAUCAUCAUCCCCGCUCCCCGGCAGGUUCAGAUGAACUAAGGAAUCUCUCUGCUCUCACUCCUCGCUCGGUUCAACAUGGACUCACUGAAUGUUCUGCUCUUUCUCGCAGUCGCCUUCUUCACAGUGAAAGUUUCUCUUCAAGGGCCAGAUCAGCGCAAACUGUACAACGACCUGAUGACUGGCUACAACCCACUGGUGAGACCAGUCUCCAAUGACUCUCAGACUCUCACUGUUCAAUUCGGCCUAACCCUCAUGCAGAUCAUGGAUGUGGAUGAGAAGAACCAGGUUUUGACAACCAACAUCUGGCUGCAACUGCAGUGGGAUGAUCACUACCUGCGGUGGAAUACAUCAGAUUAUGGAGGUGUGACCAAUGUUAGAUUUCCUGACCAUCUCAUUUGGAAGCCAGACAUUCUGCUGUAUAACAGUGCUGAUGAAAGAUUUGAUGCUACUUUCCACACCAACAUUUUGGUUGACUCCUCUGGCACCUGUACCUACUUACCUCCAGGGAUCUUCAAGAGCACCUGCUACAUCGAUGUGCGCUGGUUCCCCUUUGAUGUCCAGAGAUGUGACCUGAAGUUUGGCUCCUGGACAUACGGGGGCUGGUCUCUGGACUUAAAGAUGUUGGAGGCGGAUAUCACCGGCUACAUCGCCAACGGAGAGUGGGAUCUUGUUGAGGUUCCAGGACGGAAGAACGAGCGUUUCUACGCCUGCUGCGAGGAGCCGUACCCUGACGUCACCUUCACCUUGGUGAUGCGGAGACGGACCCUCUACUACGGCCUCAACCUGCUCAUUCCGUGUGUGCUGAUCUCCACUCUGGCCCUGCUCGUCUUCCUUCUGCCUGCUGACUCUGGGGAGAAGAUCUCACUGGGCAUUACAGUCCUGCUCUCCCUGACUGUAUUUAUGCUGCUGGUUGCAGAGAUUAUGCCCGCCACAUCAGACUCGGUGCCUUUAAUAGCUCAAUACUUUGCCACUACCAUGGUCAUUGUUGGUCUCUCAGUAAUUGCCACAGUUCUCGUCUUACAAUAUCACCACCAUGACCCUGAUGGAAGCAAGAUGCCGAAGUGGACCCGUGUGAUCCUGCUGAACUGGUGCGCCUGGUUCCUGCGCAUGAAGCGCCCAGGUGAGGAGCGAGUGCGUUCAGCCUGUCACAACAAGGCUCCACGGAACAGCCUGACCAGCGUGGAGCUCAAUGCAAGCACUUCAGCCUCCCAAUCCACCAACGGCAACAUGCUUUAUGUUGGCUUGCGUGGCCUGGAGAGCAUCCACUACUCCACAGCUGCCACCUCUUGUGACUCCGGGGUCCUCUGUGGACGGCUGGUUGGACGAGCAGGUGAGGAUGAGAUGCUCCUCCCCGCAGGUCACAGCUCCUCAGCUUGCAGAGUGGAACCAGAGCUGGCCAAGAUCCUGGACGAGGUGCACUUUAUUGCCAAGCGCUUCCGUGACCAAGACGAGGACGAGUUAGUGUGCAAUGAGUGGAAAUUUGCUGCGUCUGUCAUCGACAGGCUUUGUCUCAUGGCUUUCUCCCUCUUCACUAUCCUGUGCACUAUUGGGAUCCUCAUGUCAGCACCCAACUUUGUAGAGGCUAUUUCAAAAGACUUCUUCACUUAAAGGAGAACACCACCCAAAUAAAGAAUUCAAGGCCCAGGAAAGUUCAAUCAAUGUUUGUGUACAUGUGCUACUCCCUCUCAAAGCCAGAAACCAGAGAAGUAAGUCUCAAACUUGUGAUCAUCGAGUAUGAAGUCUAGAACUUUUCCAUAGAUAAUGAAUGACAGAAUGAUUUUGUUUUCUUUUUUUAUACCCAAAUGAGCUUUAUUCUAUUGGAGUACUCAGUUCUGAAACAGAAAAUGUACCCAUGUAUUCAAGAGAUUCCCCUGGGUGCUGUUAGUGUCAUCUUUAACAUCUUUCCUAAUUCAUUGUCUAUGGAGCACUUCUGGACUUUAUACUUGAUAACAUCACAGAUUUGAGUUUUAGCACUUACGUUUUUAUAUUUGGGAGAGAGUUGUUCAUGUUUGCUAAUAUUUGUGGACUGUCUUAGACCAUAGGAAUUACAUGUAUGAAUUCUAUAUAAAGUGCGGAGUUCCCCAUUUAAGGAUUUUAUCUUUAUUUAUUUUUAUCUGGAAACAAAAAUAAAAGCCUAUACCAAUCUCUCUUAUCACAGAGUAACCUCAUGGGCGGUAAUUUGGAUACAGUUAAGUAUACUAGCAUGGGACUUGUAUAUCACCAAAUAUUUAACCAUACUUAACGCAAAGUUAAAUUGAGGACUUCAGGCAAAAUGUAUAAAAAGUUUAAUUUAUUCCUACAUUAUGGUGGUGUAAAAUCCAUCAGCCUUUGACUUUAUAUUACACAGCCGAAUGGCAUAUUAAAGAAAAACAUCUAAUUUUGAUCUCUUGUACUGUUUGAAAAUGAUUUAAAAAAAAUACUGGUACUAGCUAUAUGCUAUAAUAGCAUUGUUUAAGUGGUAUAAUUUGCUAACAAUACAUGCAGCUGUGGUUUUUUUAUGUGAUGUUACCUGUGCAUUAUUGUUCAUUGCAAUGCAUCUAUUCUCAAAUCGACUCCAUAUAAAACACAACAGUUACAGUAUCUUGUAUUGAAAUGUAUUUGUGGUAUCACAUUAAUAAGCAUAUAUCCAAAACAGUUAUGUGACGUUGUAAGUUGCUUUUCCUAUACAAAUUAUUGUCAUACGCAUAACGAUGUUCUUCCUUGGUCUUACUUAUUGAUUGUUGCUUAUUUUUAUUUUAUUAAUUAAAGAAAACUGUAAGGUCAAAAUAAUUUUGUAUGAUGUUUUUGUUGUACUUUGACAUUUCACAAAUAAAUAUAUUUUUUCUAUUUGAAAAUGGGGACAACAUAUAAAAAUGUUCUCUUGCUAUACAGAACUAUGUUUUGUAUACCAGUAUAACUAUACACUGCUGCUCCAUCUACAUACAAAUGAUAACAUU